CGUCCGAUGCCUGUCCCAAGAUGGCGGCGCCCUUGUGCGGCGGCCGGUUCGGCCUGCGGGUGGCCGUCGCUGGGGUCCCACAGCUGCUGUAUACCUGCGGUGUCCACACUACCGCUGUUUGCUGUAAGAACCGAGCGGCUCGGGUCCGAGUGGGGAAGGGGGACAAGCCGGUGACCUACGAGCAAGCUCACGCCCCUCACUACAUCGCUCACCGCAAGGGCUGGCUGUCCCUGCACACGAGUAACCUGGACGGAGAGGAGGGGGCUGCUGAGAGGACAGUGGAGGACGUGUUCCUCCGCAAAUUCUUGUACGGCACCUUCCCGGGCUGCCUGGCCGAUGAGGUGGUCAUUAAGCGCCAGGCCAACCAGCUGGUCAUCUGCAUGCUGCUGCUGCAGCGCCUGCCACCCUCCAAGCUCUACUUCCUGGUGGGCUACAGCGAGACUUUGCUCUCCACCUUCUACAAGUGCCCUGUGCGGCUGAGCUUGCAGACUGUGCCCAGCAAAUCCAUCUACAAGUACAUCUAGGUGCCCCCUGCCCGGCCCUGAACACCUUGGACAGGAGUCUGGCCUCAGGACCCACGGACUUGGUCAUUGCUGCUAUUGGAGAAAGCUUCCCAGGUCAGGCAAGAGGGCAGUGGUCUUCAAAGUAGGGAGUGAUUUCUUGUUAAAUUGUGUGUAUAAUAAAGCUUUUUGUUUCUGGUA